AUGAAUAGAACUAAUUCUUCUGCAGUGUUCAAUGGAUUUGACAAACUUCCAGAUGCUGCCCAUUACAUUUUUGGAGUAGUCUAUAUUGUUUUGAACGUCAUAGCUACAACAGGAAACAUUCUUGUGCUCUUCGUUUUCAUUAAGAGUCCAAAGCUUCGCAGUGCGCAUUGUUUUUUGGUUUCCGCCCUUUGUUUUGGUGAUUUACUGAUGAGCUCUGUGGGCUUAACUAUGCUCAUUAUCGCCAGUUUCUCCACUUAUUGGGUCCUGGGGAAAAUGGCUUGUACGUUCUAUGGAACCUUGAUGACUUUUCUGGGGCUAUCACAGAUCACGUUGCUAGCAGUUAUUGCUUAUACAAGAUAUCUUGUUGUUGUGCAUAACAAUGGGAUCGGGACUAUCUCUGCGAAAGUGAUUGUUUUGGCUUGUUACACGUAUUCCUUGUGUUUCUCCCUUGCUCCUUUGUUUGGAUGGAGUACGUUUGCAUUGGAACCAAUAGGAACUUCAUGUGGACCUAACUGGGUCGGAAUUACGCUUGAUGACAUCAGUUUCAACAUGACUUUAUUCUUUCUUUGUUUUCUAGUGCCUCUUUCCGUUAUACUUUUUUCCUAUUCAAUGGUUUACAAGAAAAUCAAGAAAAGAAAAAUAAGGAAAAAGUCGGAGGGAUACGAGAUUCAUGUGACGACUACCAUCUUAUUUAUGAUAGUGGCAUUUCUUGGUUCCUGGACUCCAUAUGCAUGUAUGGCAUUGUACAUCGUCAUCACCAGAAAUAACAGGAUAAAUCUGGUUGUAUCUGCCAUCCCCUUGCUUCUUGCCAAAUGCUCCCCCGUGUGGAAUCCCUACAUAUACUUCAUGAGGAACCACAAAUUCAAUCAAGAGUGCAGGAAGUUGUUACCUUUCUUAAAACACCUCGGACUUUGGCGGGUGAACCCACGAGAACAGAAUGUUGUAACUCAGCAGCAAGUGACCAGUUCUACACGGACCUCUACUUAUGUCUGAUAGUGGCGGGAAAAACAGAGAGGCGGGAAAAUAGCAGUCGCAGAGGUGCUUGUUUAAUGCUUUGGGAGCAAUCUCGUUCUAUUUUAAUUAAAUUGUUUCUUUGUAUGUGCAAAUCAAAUUUAUUUUUCAAUGAAACUCAUGCUGUGUCAUUCAAGAUAUAAUAUUUUUUUAUUUGGAAAUGUCUUUCCUAUAAAGAUGGAAACAAGUGUGACUUAGAAUACAAAUCACUUUAUAUUGAAAAGAUUUCAGAUAUAUGGACUUAAUAUUAAAUGUUGAUGGAAUGCAUUGAUUAAGCUUUAUGAUACAACUCUUACAGAUUCUUCAUCCCGACCUUAAAAGGAUACAUGUAUAGGAUAGAUAGAAAGAAACGUUUAUAAGAUUAAAGUUCUGUCUGUUCUCUGAAAUCUAUUAUUCAUCAUUAUUGAUCAUCUGUCUCUUAUUGCUCAGUGUGAAAUCACAUUCACCAGAAAAUACUGACAAUGAUGGCUUUAUCUGUUCAUUCAUGUUAUGAAAGCCAUACAAAUAAAUCAAUUGCAUUCACACCUAGCUAUCUUUACAUUGAAUGAACAUGUUUUAUGCAUAGUUUCGUGUGCCAAGGUAAUAAAUCUUUACUUCCUGUUCAUUUGAGUUAUGAAAUGAGAAAACAUUUUCCAUUCCAAUGCAGCAAAAAGACAUUUAUGCUCUCCUUUCCUUAUUACGGUUUAACUUUCAUAUUGAAUUGUCCUUAAGGUUCAUUGACCCUCUGAAAAGAGAGAUAACUUUCACCGGGAUAAACGACUAAUAUUUCCUUUACAGAGUUGUCAAGUAAUUUGAAUUAUUUUAAUAAUUUAUUCCCUGCUGUGUAUGCUGAAAUAGUAUGCCUUUCCAUUAUAAAUGAGAUUACUUCUUUUGGAAAAUCAUCAGCGUUAAAGCAAAAUUUUAACAUGAGUGAACAAAUUGGUGAUAAACCUUUAAUUUGCUUGAUUUUUCACGACUUUGAAAAUGGUCAUUUCAGGACAAAAGGUCAAUCAAUCACUUUCUUAGGCCGUAUUUCAGCCUUGACUGUGAAAUGAUUUUUAAUACAUACUGUCUUUGUCUUCUACAAAAACAAGAUCUAUUUUAAGCAGAGAGAUAGAGAGAGAGAUUAUGAUGAUGUUGAUAAAAGUAAAUUAUGAAUGAUGUAAAAAUGUUGUUAUAAUGAAUCAGUGAAAAUCAUCUCUAUCGUGAUAAAGAAAUCAUACUUUGUAAAAUAUCUUGUAAAUUGUUGUUACCUUCGUGUUUUUCAUGUUGAUGCAUUAAAACUUUGCCUUAAUUA